AUUGAUUGGUUACACUGACUUCCGCUGUAUACGGAAAAGAUGCUGGCGCCAUUUUCUGUUAUCGGUUUUUACGCGUGUGUAUUGCUGGUGUGCGGAUCGAGUUCUUACCACGUAGUUGCCUAACGUAUUUAACAUAUUUGUGCUUCUUUUAAGUUUUUGAUUAGAAGAAAUAGGAUAUGGGACGUAAAAAGAAGAAGCAAUCGAGACCAUGGUGUUGGUAUUGCAAUAGAGAAUUUGAAGACGAAAAAAUUCUUAUUCAACAUCAAAAGGCAAAACACUUCAAGUGCCACAUUUGUCAUAAAAAAUUAUAUACGGGACCAGGACUUAGUAUACAUUGUAUGCAGGUACACAAAGAAGCAAUAGAUAAAGUACCUAACUCUUUGCCAAAUCGUAGCAACAUUGAAAUAGAAAUAUAUGGAAUGGAAGGAAUCCCACCAAAUGAUGCUAAAGAGCAUGAAAGACAACGAAAUGGUGGUAGACCAGGAUCACCUAGUUCUGGGGAAGAUGAACCUGUACAAAAGAAGGCGAAGCCGGAAGGUUUAUUAGGUUCAGCACCGGGAGCUAUGCCUACGGGUUCUAGUAUCAUGUCUGGUGUAAUGCAGGGAAUGACAACACAUCCUGGUAUGCCACCAAUGGGUCAGUUCCCACCACCCAUGCAUCAUAUGAUGGGACCUAUGGGCCCAGUAGGUCCACCAUUUAUGGGACCUGGUAUGAUGCCUGGAAUGCCAGGUAUGCCACCAGGCAUACAACCACCGGUAUCUGGUACAUCCAUGCCGCCAACAAGGCCAUUAUUUCCAAGUGCUGCGGCUGUUUCCACUGCUGCAUCUACGGCUGUGACAUCUACCCCGUUGGGUACAGAUUUUAAACCAAUUACAUCAGUGGCUGGUGGGUCUAUAGGACCGGUCAAGCCAACAUUCCCUGCUUAUAGCGGUACUGAAAGUAGUACCACGACUAAUAGUAACCUUGGUAGCGAACAAAAAGUUAAUCUUAUUGCAACAACAGGGGCUGCUAGUAAAAUUAUUCAUCCCCCUGAAGAUCUCAGUUUAGAGGAAAUUAGAGCAAGACUGCCGAAAUAUCAACGGCGGCAAACAGAGGAGUCCCGAUCGGUACAGGCUGAUGCCAAUCAACAGGCUGCAGCAUUACAGCAACAACAACAACAACAACAGCAGCAGCAGCAGCAGCAACAACAGCAGCAGCAGCAGCAACAACAACAACAGCAACAACAACAACAACAACAACAGCAGCAGCAGCAACAAGCAGCUGCUAAUGUAGCUGCUGCAUUUCAAGAUCAGCAGCAAAGACAACAAGCUGCAUUAAAUGCUCUUCAACAGCAACAACAACAAAGGUUUCAAAGGCCUCCACAAGCAGUAAUGGUACCAGCAUCAGCAGCAAUGCCUGUGAGCUCUGUUGCUCUUAUGGCACCAUUAAUGCGACCCACAAUGACCUUAGCUGCACCUGCUCUUAUUCAUGGAGGUAACAUGAUGCGACCGCCCCCCAUGGGCCUACCACCAGAACCAUCAAAGAACAUCUGUUAAGUGCAUGAGAAAGAAGAAUAUAUCUAGCAAUUUGAAAUUAGAUAAUAUUACAAAAAAUAUUGUAAGACAUAUCACGUGUCUUUUCCUUAUUAUUAUUAUUAUUAUUAUUAUCAUCAUUAUUAUUAUUAUUAUUAUUAUUAUGAUUAUUAUUAUUAUUAUUAUUAUUAUUAUCUCUUUACUAUAGUAGAUCAUCAAUGUUAUUCACAAAUUUAAUUUUUCUUUGGUGGGUCUAUUUGAUUCACUGCUUUACAAAUGAACGGCCUAUCCAUACAGAUCCCUUUGCUUUAAAUUCGUAAAUCCAUUAAUAACAUUAAGACGGAUCAUGCUAUUUGUAAUAUAUUUAUGACAAUAUAUUUUUUACAAAGUACUUCAAUGAUAUUGAAGCCAUAAAAUAGAGAGAGUUCUUUUCAUCUAAGAUAUGAGACGAGGUAAUACACUUUUGCACUUCAUCCACCAUUAUGUAUAGCCUUUUGGCGUGUACCCAACCCUUUCUCCCUCAUUCCAAUUUUACUUACCCAAGAUUAGAAUAGUGUAAUAUCUAUAUAAGGAAAGGAGAAAAGAAAUCAGAGUGAGGGGGAGGAAAGAAACUAAAAGAAAUAACAGAAAGGGACUAAACAAUGGGGAGAAAACACAGUUUUUAAUUUAAUGAGGGUACACUAGAAUUCUAAAGUUUUAAAAAAAAAGGGGAGAGAGAGAGAGGCAGGAAGAAGUAUGACAGUACGAAUAUUAGCGCGCUCAGGAUUCAUCCGUAUGCCAGAAUUGAUGUCAGCGUGUCUUGUACGUUUACGUUUUAACGGUGCGUUUGCAGGGUGCCCAGUCACUCCUUGGUGAGUGUUGAACGAACCCAGUCUGGUUACUAAAACCGUGUUUUAUACAAGUGCAACAAGGUUGGUCCUUAGCAAAUAGCAUGCGGUGACAUGGCCUAUCUAUAUAUAUAUCUAUAUAUAUCAUUAUAUUUAUUAUUACUCUUAUUAUUAAUUCUAUUAUUAUUGUCUCAUCAUCGUCAUAUUAAUAUACUUAUAUAAAUAUUUCUGUAUAUUUACAUUAUUGUCAAUGGGCAGGUGGGUCGAGCGGCCAACGAAAUUACAUCUGUUCCAAUUCCUUCCACGUCGGGCAGCCACUUUGAUUUUGGACACAUCAUGAGUCUUUGGAUGUGAUAUACCUCCUCCCGAAACUAGAGUCAUUGGUAUCAGGAGCACGAUUACAUUAAAUUAAUAUUAUUACAAUCGAAAGAUAUUUGCUUUUUCAGUCAUACGAUCUAUAUUUCACGAUUAUUACGUGCGUUUUCUAUUCGAUAAAAAGCUUUGUCACUACUAGUUCUAUAUAUUCGGCCGCUCGGCCGGUUUAUCAUAUAUAAUUUUUUUUUUAGUUCUUUUACGUUUCAUUAGCUUCUUUAUUCACUAUUUCGACUUAACCAUAUUCUUCUUAUGACUCACUUGCCAUUACCUUGCCAACCGUGUUACCAUCCUCUCUUCAGUACUACUUAUAGCUUGAAAUCCUGGUGUUGUGAUAUAGUAGUGAAGAAACUGCUUUUUUGGGCACGGUACUGUUGUUCGAAGUUGUCAUUAAAAAAAAUCGAAUUUAUAGUUUUCUCUAUGGUUGACUGUCCCUUCCUUCUUCGCCUCUACACUCCCUAUUUUUUUUUUGUAGACUAAUUUUUUAAUCUUUUCUUUUUUUUUUCUUCUUUUUCUUUCCUUUUUCCCAUUAUAUAUAACGUAGGAAAAAUGUCAGGAUUACUUAAGUAACAUUACAAAAAUGUGUUCUCUUUUAUGUUUUUUAAAAUUCAAAUAGAAGAUAUUUGUAUUACAUAUUAUUUAUAUAGAAGAGAGAGAGAGAGAGAGAGAGAGAAAGAGAGAGAGAGAGAGAAAAAGGGGGAAGGGACUUUUAUACCCACCACACGUACUGUGUGAUGUGGUUAUGGAAAAGAUAAAUUAACGGAAAAAAAAAGAGAGAAAAAAAAAAAGAAAAACAAAACAAAUCUUAUGUAUUUUCCUCACACCAUAGCUUAGCUUUUGUGUCACACGAACAACUUUGCGUAAGUUAGAAUGUCUGACAGUAAGUAAAUGAUUUUACAAUACCCAAUCUAAUUCUUAUAUCCAUGCGUCUGCUACGAAGAAUUGUAUAAGUAAUUAAGGGGAUUUUAUAUUUUUUUAUAUUGAUUAUAUAUUGCUGGUAUGAUAUAUACAUUAUAUGUGAAUCGCACAAUCAAAAAUAACUCAUUUUUAAAUAAAAUAUAUAUAUAUAUAAUCUCCAUUGAAAUAUGACAAUAUCAGUUAUAUUGAUGCUUCCACAGUCAGCCGAUAAGUACUUACAGGAGAUAAUGAUUCUUAUUAAAUCUUACGCCUGUGAAAGCAUUUUGGGAGCAUUGUGUAGGAAUAUCAGCUGGCAGCCGAACGGUAAAAAUUAAUUUACAGAUAAAAAUCAAUUAUAAUAAGGAUUCAGUGUAUGGUGUGAGGUUUUGUGUGGUACCACCUUUGUCAGUUUGUUGUGACUUGUAUUGUGUAUGCGGCACACUGCAUGCUAAGUUGAGUUCCUCUUAUAGUUUGGCAAAUCGCAUUCAUUAAAGUUGCUAGAUAGACGUAGGUGGUCUGCCAACCACAAACCCAUAUUGGGUGUAUAUCGUAGUUAUAGAAAAAUCUACUUUAUCGUUUUAACUUUUGGUUGAGAAAUAUAUAUAUAUGGUUCAAAUUGAAAUGUAAUCUGUAUUUAUACAACUAAUUUUUUCAUAUCUGGUCUUGACAAAAUUACAAUGCUUAGCUACUUUUAAAACGCAAUGCCGAAUUUAUUGGAUAUUAGACUAAUAAAAUAAAAAGAGUAACUAAAAAUAUUAUCGUUUUGAUAAUCAAACACGUUCCAUGUGAACAUAAUAUUAAGCAUAACUCUUUUCACGAAUCACAAUAAGUAAAGAAAUAUUUUAGAUCGGCUGUCAGUCAACUUCCUGUUCAGUAGUGCGAGAAUUCGCUUGAGAAGUGUCAGGUACAUUGACAAAUGUUGUGAACACGAACCUGGAUCAAGUAAUCCUAACUUGAGGUAUGAAAUAAUACUGCAAGUUGUACUCCACAUUUGCCUCAACGUCUGACAAUUCUCUCGUCAUCAAUCUUACCUCUGAACAAUGCACGGUCUCCUAGAAACAUUAAAAAAGAAAAGAGACAAAAGAAAAAAAAAAAAAAAAGAAAAGAAAAGAAAAGAAAAAAAAAGAGAA